AUGAUAAGCGAAGAAAGGGUUGUCUUAGAUUCGGCAGUUGCACGAAUAUCAAACUUAUUGACACGCCUUGGAGAAACAGAACAAGUAAACGACGAUUUUUAUAAUGAUCUGACUAAGUUUUAUGAUGAAUUAUAUGGUUUGAACAAAAUUUUAGCAACAUACUUGAAACUGGACCCUGGGAAUUUUUUGAAUGAGAUGGCCAAUGCUGCAUCAUUGAAAGAUAUAUUCUCUGAGGUUGCCGAACAAUUUGAAAACAUAGAACCUACUUUGUGUGAUAUCGUUGAUUUAAUAGAUAAGGAUGAUGUAAUAAUAACUUUUAACUCAUCAGAAAUGGAUACAGCUACUAUUGCACAGUUACUCAAGGAAUGUAAUGAAGUAACAAAUAAUAAUAAAUCUGUUAUGAAAUCAUUAAAAGAUAUAAUAGGGACAUAUUUAGAUUUCAAUGAGAUCUUAGAUAACCACAUUGGGACCAUAGAUGAAAUAGUUAAUGAGAGUUUAAAUCAAUUAUUUGAGAUAUAUGAUGAGCGUAACGGAUCACCGAUACGACAUUAUCCAUUAUUCACUCUGGAUAAAAUUAUUCGAUUAUUAUCAAGAGACACAUCAGAUGAUCGCCUGCUAACCAAAAAUGGGAGAAGGAUACAUAGUAAUCAACCAAAUAUUAUAGAGGAGCCUACAUUUCCGACAUUUACAGCAGCUGAUGUAAGCGUUUCUCAAAAAUUCCUGCAAUUACAGAAAACUUUAAUCCCCAUAGAAAAAAGUUUAAUAGAAAUAUUACCUCAGCGAAUAGAGCUUUUUGAUUCAAGAUCAUUUAAAUAUACCGAUGAUUUAACUAUAAUCCUUAAUAGCAAAUACAAAACUGUGAUGGUGAAUUAUAAAUAUUUGACUAGAGAAGUUCGUGCCCUGAAAUUAGAAUUGAUUGAUAAUAGAUGGAAUUUUAUUUUUGAAAACUUAAAUAGAGAAUUGAAAAUAAGAAUAAACUCUGUUGAAACGAACUACAAUGAUUUAAAAUCCCAAACCUUUUCGGACAGGAUUAGCUCCAAACAGAAACAAAAGUUGGAGAGAGAUACGCAAAUAAUAUCCAAAACAUUUAAUACGAUUUACAAAGCUCUUGAAUUUUCUUUGUUGAAAACUGAAAUUGCGUCAGAAAUAAAUGAUCUAGCUGAAGUAUGGAUUAACCUCAGAGGAUUAACGGAUGAUUACUUGGAAUCUGUCCCAUCAUUAUCUGACAACGAGGCUCUGAAUGUGAUACGAGAGAGGGCUAAGGCGAAUAGAGAAAAAAUCAGCAAAGAAGAUUUGAACUUUUACAAACCACCUCGUAUUUCGAGUUAUAAUUCUAGAGAUGAAACUACCACGGACGAGGAACCUGAUGCAGCAAACUUAACUAUCGAAUCAAUAGCCAACAAUCUAAGGCAAUUCUCUCUGACCUCCAACUUGAAGAGGCAUGACACCAAUGAUAAGACACUCGUAACAGGUCAAAUGUCCAUGAAGAAAAUGACAAAACCAUUAAUCAUUCCAAGCAUUACUAGUACUACCAGUGGUACUACCAUAUCAUCUGAGAUAACGGAUGAAUUACUUGCAAUGAGGGAUGACCUCACAUAUCCAUCAUUUGGAAACAGGGCAUUGAAUAUUGGAACGAAGCACGGUGAUGAUAAAUUUCCCGCACUGCCAGAUUAUAAGGAGGCAACUUCUAGUAAAUUGGAACCACCUCAGAAGUUUAAUGAACCUCCCCUAAUGUAUCAACUUGAAGACAAUAACAGUGAUUAUGAGAGUGAUCUAGAAAGCAGUAGAAUUGAUGUUCCCAUAAGCAAUUUGAAGGAGAAAAUGGGAAAGAGAUUUUCAGACCUUGCUAAUGAUGGGAAGAUCAGAAACAAGCCUUCUGAAAAUGUAUUACUAGAUCCCAUUGUUGACAAAAUCAAAUAUAGUGCUGCUGAUAUGGAAGUUAUGGAGAAUAAUAAGUUGAAAUAUUACGCUCUCCAAAUAACCUUAAUUCCACGAAUUGGUAUUCCCGGUAACUGUUGCGAUAACAGAAAUGUUUCUUUACCUCCAGCUGCUACUAUAUUUCAUACACCUCCAAGGUUCGAUUACUCAAAAUCUCUGGAGUACAAUAGUCAUAUAUUGCAAGGGUCGGUGAGAAGAAAACUGAAACAACCUACUCUAAUGUCCCAGUUGUUAACACCAUUAUCUAGACGAUAA